GCUCUUCAUGUCUCUGGAGAAUCUGAUUGGGUUAAGAGCUAAGUCUUAGGACUACUUGCUUUAUAUAUGAGUGCCAAGAUAAUCUGGAAGAAGGAAUGACAGAGAGCGAGGCAGUCUGCUGGACUCUUCAGGAGGUUGAAAACUUACCCUGUUCUUAGCAGGAAAUUUUCCUCCUCUCCUCUCCCCUGAAUUUUUUCUCAAACAUGAAGGCAAUAAGCUUACUCAUUUUGGUGGGAUUUAUGGGAGAGUUCCAAAGUUUUUCAAGUGCCUCCUCUCCAGUAAAUUGCCAGUGGGGUUCCUAUACUCCUUGGUCAGAAUGCAGUGGCUGUACCAAGACUCAGACUCGUAGGCGGUCAGUUGCUGUUUAUGGGCAAUAUGAGGGCCUACCUUGUGUCGGAAGUGCUUUUGAAACACAAUCAUGUGAACCUUCAAGAGGAUGUCCCACAGAAGAGGGUUGUGGAGAGCGUUUCAGGUGUUUUUCAGGUCAGUGCAUCAGCAAAUCGCUGGUUUGCAAUGGGGAUUCUGACUGUGAAGAAGACAGCGCUGAUGAAGACAGAUGUGAGGACUCAGAAAGCAGACCUCUUUGUGACACUGAUAAACCUCCUCCCAAUGUAGAACUUACUGGAAAUGGUUACAAUGCACUCACUGACCAGUUUAGGAAGAAAGUCAUCAAUACCAAGAGUUUUGGUGGUCAAUGUAGAAAGGUGUUUAGUGGGGAUGGAAGAGAUUUCUACAGACUGAGUGGAAAUGUCCUUUCUCAUACAUUUCAGGUGAAAGUAGAUAACGAUUUUAAUUAUGAAUUUUACAACAGUAGUUGGUCUUAUGUAAAACAUACGUUCAACACGUAUUCAUCAGCUACUAGUAGAAGUUCCCUUUUCAGUUCGUCAUCAUCUGGUUCAUUCCAUUUUACUUCACAUACCAAUGAAAUACAUAAAAAAAAGAGUUAUCAAAUGAUGGUGAUUCAGAACACUGUGGAAGUGGCUCAAUUCAUUAAUAACAAUCCGGAAUUUUUACAACUUGCUGAGCCAUUCUGGAAGGAACUCUCCUACCUUCCCUCUUUGUAUGACUACAGUGCCUACCGAAGAUUAAUUGACCAGUAUGGAACACACUAUCUGCAGUCGGGGUCCUUAGGAGGAGAAUACAGAGUUUUAUUUUAUAUGGACUCAGAAAAAAUCAAACAAAGUGGUUUUGAUUCCCUAGAGGGGCAGAAAUGCAGUUCUUCAAGUUUUAGUUUUUUUGUGACGUCAUCACAGAAGGAGUGCAAAGAACUGAAAGAUGCUAUAAAAUCAGCAGCAGGAACCCAGGGCAAUGUGUUGCAAGGAAAUUCAUUUGUCAGAGGAGGAAGUAUAAACUUCGCAUCUGGCCUUGCUUAUCUAGAGCUGGACAAUCCUGCUGGAAACAAGGAGCGAUAUUCUACCUGGGCACGCUCUGUGACUGAUAAUCCUGAAGUCAUAAAACAAAAGCUGACACCUUUAUACGAGCUGGUAAAGGAAGUACCCUGUGCUUCUGUGAAAAGACUAUACCUGAAACGGGCUCUUGAAGAGUAUCUGGCUGAAUUUGACCCCUGCCAUUGCCGUCCUUGUCAAAAUGGUGGAGUGGCCACUGUUGCAGGGACCCAGUGUCAGUGCCAUUGCAAGCCAUACACUUUUGGUGUGGCUUGUGAGCAAGGUGUCCUCGUGGGGAGUCAAGCAGGAGUAGUUGAUGGAGGUUGGAGUUGCUGGUCCUCCUGGGGUCCCUGUAUUCAAGGGAAGAAAAGAAGGAGCCGAAAAUGCAAUAACCCAUCUCCCAGUAGGGGUGGGAAGUCUUGUAUUGGAGAAACAACAGAGAGCAAGCAAUGCGAAGAUGAGGAACUGGAGCAUUUACGAUUGCUUGAACCACAUUGCUUUUCUUUGUCUUUGGUUCCAACAGAAUUCUGCCCAUCUCCUCCUGCCUUGAAAGAUGGAUUUGUUCAAGAUGAAGGUGGCUCAUUUCCUGUUGGGAAAAACAUAGUAUACACUUGCAACGAAGGAUUCUCUCUUGUUGGAGACCCUGUUGCCAGAUGUGGAGAAGAUUUACGGUGGCUCGUUGGGGAAAUGCGCUGUCAGAAAAUUGCCUGUGUUCUACCUAUUCUGAUGGAUGGCAUACAGAGUCAGCCGCACAAACCUUUCUACACAGUUGGUGAGAAGGUGACCUUUUCCUGUUCAGGUGGCAUGUCUUUAGAAGGUCCUUCAGCAUUUCUUUGUGGCUCCAGCCUUAAGUGGAGUCCUGAGAUGAAGAAUGUCCAGUGUGUGCAAAAAGACAGCCCAGUUAGACAGGCAGUGCCUGAAUGUCAGCGCUGGGAGAAACUGCAGAAUUCAAGAUGUGUUUGUAAAAUGCCCUAUGAAUGUGGAUCUUCCUUGGAUGUGUGUGCUCGAGAUGAGAGAAGCAAAAGAAUACUGCCUCUGACAGUUUGCAAGAUGCAUGUUCUCCACUGUCAGGGUAGAAAUUACACUCUUGCUGGAACGGACAGCUGUAAUCUGCCUGCCUCAGUUGAGAAAGCUUGUGGUGUGUGUCCAUUAUGGAGAAAAUGUGAUGCCCAGAGCAGCAAGUGUGUCUGCCGAGAAGUAUCGGAGUGUGAAGAAGAAGGAUUUAGUGUUUGUGUGGACGUGAAUGGUCAGGAGCAGACGAUGUCCGAGUGUGAGGUGGGCGUUCUGAGAUGCAGAGGACAGAGCGUCUCCAUCACCAGCAUAAGGCCCUGUGCUGUGGAAAGCCAGUAGCUCCUGGAGCCGUGGUUGGCUUGCUAGGUUCCAGCCAACGGCUGUGGCUAAAUGAAAACAUCUGCGUAACUGGACACUUUAAACAGCUUUUCAAGCAUGGAGGCACAUUCUUCUUCUCUUCUGGUAUCCACUUUUCAACUUCCAGUCAUCGGUACAAACACGACCCUUUGCUCUCCUAAAUCUGAAUCCAGAUACGCUUCCUUAUUUUUCUAAUGUCAGUCAGGAUGAAGAAUAUGCAUGAGCCUGUGUAUGAGCUAGCUGUGUAUUUUUGGGAAAAUUGCCAACUUCUCUGGACCUGAGUUUAUCAGUACAAUUAGAGGAUUAGACAAGAGAAACUCAAAUGCUUCAUUCAGCUUUAUGAUUCUAUUAAGCAUCAUAGAUUGAUCCAACCUGUGGGCCAGAACACACUCUAUGAAUUGAUUAGGAAGCAGAAAGAACAUGAUUUCCUGAUUAGAGAAGUUGGCUUCCCUCAGUGAAACCAAAUACGAAGGGACCUUUAAUGAAAAGAGACAGGAUGAUUUCUAUCCUGAUGCUUCACCCUACUUAAGCCUGCCACCAAGUAUAGGGAUUCUGAUUCUUGUCAGGAGAUUGAACCACUUACGUGGUGUAGCUGAAUCACCAUGCUAUGAUCCAAGGAGUGCCUUCUGCCUUCUUGCCUGAGAACAAAUAUAAUUCAGUCCUCUCUUUGGGGAUUUUUCCCACAGUAUGUAUCAAGCACAAGACCUGUAAUUUGCCUCCCCCUACCGUGCUCCCUGCCAUUUCUUUAUGAAAGAAAUGUCAGUUCCUGACUAUUGAGUGACUACAUAUUUGAUGACAGUUUUCCCUAAUGUGAAGACCCUCCUAGGUUUUUCAAGGGGAGUACACGGGUAUAAAGGUGUAGACUCAUUUGAGGCCUUCUGUUUAUUCCUUAUUCAUCUUUCAUCAGAACAAAACAGCAGCUGUGGGAGGUGAAAUGAGUGGGUUUUAAAUGGAUUAAAGUAUGCUUUUAUAGACAAA